AUGCUGGGGGCUGCUGCAGCUCUCACGCUGGGCCUGCUGGCUCAAGCGCUCACGGCCUCCCAUCCAGAGCCGCUCCACUGUGAGGACAGCUUCUACAGACACACCACGCCAAAACACAUCUCUCACUCAGGCUUGGAGAGGAGAUGCCACGGUUCGGCUGGACGCUCCUUCACCUCCUUGUACCAUCCUGGCUGCCAAAGCAGCGUCUACACGGCCCUCCACCUGAGCCACAACAACGGUUGGGGCAAAGGAGCAGCAGAGGAGACGGAUGAAACCUGGAGCGGUGAAGAUUCCCAUAUGUUCGUCCCAGCUCUCUUCAAGAGGGAUCGCCAUGUGGCUCCGUCCGCCUCGCUGUCCCCUCUCCAGAAAGUGGACGCUCUCACUGCAGAGGUAGUGGAGAGCCAGGUCGUACCACUUUGCUCCAAAGCAGGGGGUAACAUCUAUGUUCAAAGCGGGGUGGGUAGAUUGAGCGAGUGUGAAGCAGGGACACCCUGGACAGCAGUGUGUUGUGCUGCCCCAGAUGGAGCCACUAGCUUUAGCAAGGGAAUGGUCCUGGAAGGAGAGGGCGACUUGAAGGUAAUGAGUGUGGACGAGCUGGAGAAACUGGUGGGGAUUGAGGAACUCUUUUCAGGGGGGUGUAGUCAAGGAGGUCAUGGACAUGAGGAGGUAAUAUCACUCUCCAAAGAAAGAUCGGACAUCAUCCAAGACGCCAGCAAGGAUACACACCUGGUUGAGACAAGCAGGGAUAGUCGCAAGGAUACACAUCUGGUUGAGACAAGCAGGGAUAGUCACAUGGAUACACAGGUUGCUGAGGGGGCGGAGCCAUCUAGAGCUAAUACGGAAGCAGAUGACACAAGCACCGAAGGAACCUUGAUUGAAGAAAGCUUGACUGAGGAGAGAUCGAUUGAGGAAAGCUCGAUUGAGAAAAGCACUAAUGCUAACGACACAGAAUCUGAACCCUCAGAGAGUGUCCUGCUCUACAUCCUGUCAUCCUCUUUUUCUCUCCUUUGUGCCCCUCUAUCUCCAGUCAUCUCCACCCUGACCAACCUCCCCUCUCAAGUCUCCUAUGUUCUGCAGGAGGACGCGGCCGUGCUAGCAGCAGUACCCCGGGACAGCCUCAUUGUGGUCCAGGACGUGGUUUACGGCGUAGCCUCAGGAGCUGAGAACAUAUGGAACAUCUUGUAUCGAGUGGUUGAGAACGGGGGGGGGUCACUUUACUUCUGCAUCAGGACAUUAGUCGGCACCCUACUGCUGUCCUGCCAGGAGGGGGUGGCUGGCACUGGAACGCUAAUGUGCGACAUUAUGGGGCUAGCAACCGGAACGCUGCAGGAAGCCUUGGAGCUGGGGGGACGUUUGGUAGGGUCGACAGGAUAUGGUCUAGUCGAGUACUUGGGCGCUGUGGGUUGCGAAAUGGGUCAUCAAACCAGUACGGUGGGAAAAGGAUUGGGGACCUUGGUGUGGAGAAGCCAGAGGGGACUGGGUCACCUACUUAAAGCGGUGGGCACCAUCGUAGGAGGAGUUGUGGAUAAUGCAGUGGAAAACGUGCAGGAAGCUUUUGGAGGAGUGGAAAACGUGGCAGAAAAAGUACAGGAGGUUUCCGGAGUGGUGGAGAAUGUGGUCGAAAAUGUGGCGGAAAACGUGCAGGAGGCUGUUGAAGGAGCAUGAGGACGGGACAUUGCUUUUUUAGUGCAUGUGGGUGUAUCGUCUGGACAUCAUAUCUCCCUGUUUAAGCUUGUGUAUACUGCACUGCGCCAUCAUCACUGUCUGCCUAUUAAAAGACAUUCCGAAUGUACACAACAGACAGUCUUGGCACCCGGAAUGGCAAUAAUUCUGUUGCUGCAGAGAAAAUUCAGCCGCCAAAUAUCAUUGAUUUGGGAACAGAAAUAAAGAUCAACAUACAGUUGUAUGCGAAACUUUGAACACCCUCAGGCAAAUUACAUCUUUUUGUUGGUUCCCUAAGUGAAUGACUAAGUGUACAGCUCUAAUGUAAAUGCUCCGCCCACAAAUGUGUUCCACUUUACAUUAAGUAAUAUUAAUUUGGUAGUAAUUAGGUCGUAAACACCUUAAAACUCAUUUAUAAGCUGUUAUAACACAUGAAUAAAUACAUUGACCUGUUAUGACGAAGAUGAAUAUCUGAUGAAGCUGAUAGGUUUAAGGCAGACAAAGAUAAGUAACCAGUAAGAACUGAGCUUUGACAGUAUAGAUGAAUGUUGGCUCACUAUUUGGCCAGCAGUAGUUGGAAAUGAUUUUUAAAGAGUUCAUGUUUAAUUAAUCAAUUAAUAACCAUUAAUUAACCAAUUUUAAACCAUUCAUAGACCUUUUUUCCUAUUGCAAAGUGGCACCGUUCAUUUUUUGGGAAGUACUGUUGUGAGCUCCGACAAAUUCACAACAAUCUAAAGAGACAUUGUCACGCAUAACUCAGUUUUUAUCAAAAUAUCUCAACUCAGACAGUUAGUAAUUUAAAACUGUAUUCAUUUAUAUAUUCAGCAUCUAUAUUCAGCAGUGAUUUUUGAAAACGCCAUUCUUUCUGUCAUAGAGAAAACCAGCAUAGGCCCAGAGUUCCUAAUAGAGGCAUGACACAACUACGGAGAGAAGAGGUCUAUAGGACAGAUCAGCAUUAUGUCGCAACAGUGAAAAACUUACUACCAGGUAGAGCACUGGGGCCGUGUUAGUCUGAGAUCUGCUUUGUUGCCAUGGCAACUUCACUUAAGAUAUUUUCUUAACUUUAAAACAACCCCAGAACUGUCUUAACUUCUGUUUUAAUCGUCUGUUUCUAUUGUUUA